AUGCCCAAGUACACAGCUGACUUCCCCUUGGCGCUGCAGCGCAUCCUGGACACGAUCACACCAAUCGUCCUGAAGUGCACCACCAAUCAAUCAGUGUGCUGCAACUCCAACCUGAUCUACCACUUGCGGUGCUGCAGCGCCAAGGGGAAGUUGCGCAGCAAGCUGAACAGCAGCAGGAUGCUAGUUCUGCGAUCUGCCUUGAUAAUUGGAAGGCCAUUGUUUUGA